CUUCCAGUCCUGAAAGGGGCUCCAGGAAAGCUGGGAAGGGGCUCCUGACCAGGGAGGGCAGGGAGAGGACAAGGGGAAACGGUUUCGAGCUGCAAGAAGGAGAUUGAGAUGAGAUCUUAAGGAGAAACGUUUUGCUGUGAGGGUGGGGAGGCCCUGGCCCAGGUUGCCCAGAGCAGUGGUGGCUGCCCCAUCCCUGGAGGUGUUCCAGGCCAGGUUGGAUGGGGCUUAGAGCCCCUGAUCCAGUGGGAGGUGUCCCUGCCCAUGGCAGGGGGUGGGACUGGAUGGGCUUUGAGGUCCCUUCCAACCCAAAGCACUCCGCGAUCCUAUGGCGGCAUCACCUCCCCUUCCCGGCCGCCGGCUCUGCCGCGCCGUCUCUAUGGUGACACCACCGCCCCUCCAGGCAGCCACUCUGGGCCGCGCUCUCUAUGGUGCCGCGACCGCCAUGCUGCGGCCUCCCCGCCUCUCUCCGGGGCCGCCGCGCCGCUUCGCCGCCACCGCCGCGGGCCGGGGCCGCCGCCUGCUGCUCUCCACGCCCAUCUUCUACGCGAACGGCCCGCCGCACAUCGGGCACCUCUACUCCGCGCUGCUGGCCGACGCCCUACACCGGCACCGUGGCCUGGAGCUGGGGGGCCCGGGCCGGCUCUGCACGGGGACAGAUGAGCACGGGCUGAAGAUCCAGCAGGCCGCCACCGCAGUGGGGACAUCACCACCAGAGCUCUGCCAGCGGAUCUCAGGCCUCUUCCGCCAGGUGUUCACCCAGGCUGCCAUCUCCUUCACCGACUUCAUCCGCACAAGCGAACCCCGGCACAAGCAAGCCGUGCGCCAUUUCUGGGGGGCCCUGCAGAAUGGCGGGGCUCUCUACAAGGGGUGCUACGAGGGCUGGUACUGCACUCCUGAGGAAUGCUUCCUGCCCGAGAGCCAGCUUGCCGAGCGCAGGGAUGCCCAGGGACUCCCCUGCAAGGUGUCCUUGGAGAGCGGCCACCAGGUGCACUGGACCAAAGAGGAGAAUUACAUGUUCAGGCUGUCGGCAUUCCGGGAUCCAUUGCGGAAUUGGCUCCGGGACAACCCAUGUGCCAUUUCCCCUGAGCCUUUCUACCAGCGCACACUCCGUUGGCUGGAAGAGGACUUGCCAGACUUGUCCGUCUCGCGCGAGAGAAGCCGGCUGCAGUGGGGUAUCCCGGUUCCCAGUGACUCGACCCAAACUAUUUACGUGUGGGUGGAUGCUUUGGUGAACUACCUGAGUGUGCUGGGAUACCCAGAGACGCACAGCGAGUGGUGGCCCGCCGCACACCAUGUGGUGGGCAAGGACAUCCUCAAGUUUCAUGCUAUCUACUGGCCAGCACUGCUGAUGGCAGCAGGGCUGGCUCCUCCGGAGCGAAUCCUGGUGCACUCCCACUGGACUGUCCAUGGGCAGAAGAUGUCCAAAAGCCUGGGUAAUGUGAUUGACCCCUUGGCUUGCAUGGAACAGUUCACAGUGGACGGGUUUCGGUACUUCCUGCUGAGGCAGGGUGUACCCGACCGGGAUUGUGACUAUUAUGACGAGAAGGUCGUUAAGCUCCUGAACUCAGAGCUGGCAGAUGCGCUUGGGGGGCUGCUGAACCGCUCCACAGCCCUCAGCAUUAACCCCAGCAACAGCUACCCUCGCUUCUCUGAGUCCUGUUUUCCAAAGGUCUUGGACUACAGGGAGACAAAAGGCACAGGCCGGGCUUCUGCUGAAGACUAUGAGUUCCUGGCGUCCGUGGCUUCUCUGCCUGUUCAGGUGGCUACUUAUUUUGAAAGCUUCCAGGUCUACAAGGCUUUAGAAUGCAUUGCCCUGUGCGUAAGGCAGACCAACGGUUUCUUCCAGAGACACAAACCUUGGAAACUGGACCGGAAAGACCCUGCCGAGCAGCUCUGGCUUGACACCAUCAUCCACGUCACGCUGGAAUGCUUGCGCGUCUAUGGGACCCUUCUGCAGCCUGUGAUCCCACACACGGCAGACAAGUUGCUCUCAAGGUUGGCGGUUGAGCCAGAAGAGAGAGGUCUCUCAGGUUUGACCUUUCUGCCACGCUAUGAUGGAAAGCCUUGUCCCUUUGAAGGGAGACAGCUUGGACCUGACACCGGCGUCUUGUUCCGCAAGCUGGAGAGGUCACAACAGCAGCAGGCAAAAACCAAAAGUUCUUGUCCCUGACAAACAGCUGCUGGGAAUAAAAGCCUCCAGGAGCUCCCGGACAA